UGUCCGCCGGGCUGAAGGUGGUUCUGGCCGGGUUCCCGGGCCGACACCCGGCCCCGGGACGGUCCCGCUGCGGGGCCUGUGCGGAGCGGGGGGGCUCCAGCCCCUCAGCGCCGGGGGCUCUGUGUGCUCGGGGCGCUGCACUGCCCAGGCCGAGGGGAACAAUUCCUGUUUGCGUCCUGACCCCAGGAGACGCCGGGUACCUCGGGCUGUGGGACGGGCCCGCGGUGCCCGAGCCCCCUCAGAGAGGCAGGAAAGAGAGGGAAGCGCCGAAGGCAGCGGAGGGAAAAGCGGCUUCCCCGGGCCCAGCGGGGGAUCCCCGGCACUGUCGCGCCCGCGCCGGGCAGGCACAGCCGGCACAGGGACCGCCCCUGCCCGACACCCCCCGGGCUGCGGCGGAGCGCGGCCCCGCGGGCACCCGGAACCCCUCAGGGCCGCGGCCGCUCCCGCCUUCGCCGCGCGGACACGCCCCGCCCGCAGGUCCUGGCAGGGCCGUAGGAACCCGGGGCCGGCGGGAGGAGCGGCGAGGCCGCGGCCAGGCUGAUGCUGCCCGCGGGUCGCGGCCGAAGGGCGGCGGCGGCGCUGAGGGCGGCGCUGGGCGAAGGCGCGGAGCGGCGGCGGGAGCUGGAGCGGCGGGCGGCGCGGAGCCGGGCGCUCCUGCGGCUCUGGGAUGAUGAAGAAGGGGAGCGGCCACAGCCAGGCUCCAGCACUGAACAUGAAGACAGGCCUUCACCCAAGGAGCUAGAGGAGCUGGAACUGCUGAACAGGGCCUUAGAGAAGGCACUGAAAAUCAGGAAAAGCAUCUUGAAAACUCCAUUAGAGGCUCAGGGAGCUACAGCACAAAAAUGGGCAGGUGAGGCACGUGCUCCCAAGAAAGCCGAAGAGCUGCAGGUGCCUGUACCUGUUGAGAAUGUUCUUGAGUGCAGGAAGGUGAGAGCUGGAAGCAAAAAGCCUUUGUUGUCAAAGAAGCCCUCUCCAUUCCAGUUAAGAGCCCCUUACAGGACUGACCCAGAUGUGAAGAAACUGCAAAGGAAAGUCCCAGCCAGAUGUGUUGCUCAAGGCCCCAGGACAGCUGGGAAGAUUUCUUCAAAAGGAAUGACUUCCAAACAAGGAAGGAGUCACAGGACAGCAAGUGGCACCAGUGCCAGAGAGGUCUGUGCUGCAGCUGAACCCCAGGAGACACUUGGCUUGUCUGAAUCUGCCCCAAAUGAGCAGCAAAGCUUUUCUGGAGGGGAUUCAGAUGCAGGAACAAAUUCCAUAGCUGCUGGCAAGCAUUUACUUGAUGCAGGGAAGAAAAGUUGUGGUUUCCUGGGAGAGUCCAGCAACAAGGUGGACACUGCAGGUGCAUGGGGAAGGAGCACCUCACCAGGGACAGGCACCCUGCAGGAAAAGGGAUCCCAGCUGAAGCUCCCCCUUCCCUACAAGAAAGCCUAUUCCAAGAACUCCAGGGCAUGGGAGAGAUGUCGUCUGUGCCAAACAAGUGCAGAUGCAGCAGCUGCAAGGACGCGUUUUAUGGAGAAGAUCCAGAUGACUUUUUGCUCCCCAAAGCUGACCCCCAGUCCUGCAGAGAUAGAGGAGGAAUUAAGGGGCCUCCAGGAUGUCCCCUCCCGUCUGAGGCAGUAUGUGGAAGUUGAGCCUGCAGACCCUCCCACUCUGCAAGGAGAGUAUGAAAGCCUUCUGACUUUGGAGGGUUUGCAAACCACGGUGUCCCAGUGCCUGCAGAAGCUGCAGCUGCUGCGAGCAGCUCUGGAGUCCCAGCUGAGGCUGCGUCCAGACUGCACGGGAGAUGUGGGGAGCUGCUCUCCAGCCUGUCACCCUGCCAGGGGACAGACCUGUGACAGUGCAGACAUGCUGGCUGUGCCUCUGCUCUGUUACUCCAGUCUCCAGGAGCUGAGAGACCUGUUUGCCUUGAAGCUGCAAGUGUCAAUGCUGCACCAAGAGAUCGCCUUACAAAAGGGAACAAUCACAGGAUCACAGAAUAACUUGAGUUGGAAGAGACCCACAACAUCACAAAUCCAACUCCUGGCCCUGCACAGACAGCCCAAGAAUCCCACUCUAUGCCUGAGAGUGUUGUCCAAACACUCCUGGAGAUCUGGCAGCCUUUAGGGAGGUGGCUGACACGUGCAGUUGUCCUCUCUCCUGGGCAGGCAGAGUGUGCAGCUCGCUGGGUGGUUUUGGUGUGCAGGCUGCUCAGACUUCAUAACCUCAUGCCAGAUGAAAAAAAAAAAAUUCCCAGGCAAAACGUCUGAGCAUUAAUUCAAGAGUGGGGCACCAAAGACCAGUUUCUGUCCAGUGAUUGAAAUCACCAUGCUUGAGUUGUCAGUCAGUCCUAAUCCCAGAGCUGAUACUGAUGCUGCACUGGUUGGUUGACAGCGUGGGCUGAGAUCCCAACACAGGCUUAAUGGGGCAGCAGCCAGGCCAGGGAAUGUUGGACAGUUUGAGUCCCUGUAGCCUGUUUGGGCUGGAGUUGGCCACUUAGACUUCUGGCAUAACUGGAAGGUGAUGGGAACAGUCCUGAGUGAAGGGCUGAGCUUAGUCAGCACUUCAGUGCGUGGCUGCAGAGCUCCUGAACCAGCACCAGCUUCAGUUUCUUGCAGGAUGCUGAUCUCAUCCCAGUGCCAGGCCUUCCCUGCAAUGGGGCUGCAGCACUGCCACUUGUCUCACUGCUCUGGAAAUACUGGGUGGCUGCUGAAGUAGCUCAUGAGCAGAAAAUUAACCACUCUGCCUUUAUUAAAUAUGACAAAAGAAAGUAUCCAUCAAUCAAUUAGCCUGUUAUUAGUCAUACUGCUCUGAUUAGACUUCAUUUGUUAUGCAGCCACUUCAAGGAACACUGGAGUGCUGCUGGCUCUGAUGACAGUGUUUCCUUUG